GCCAAUGCUAAUCGACAUCAGCUAAUUUAACAUAUGGAUACAAAGAAGAUAGACUUGUUUGUAUACACAGGUUAGGACAGUCCAGUCAAUUUUCAAAUUGAUUGACAUACGAAGAGGAAAUGGCUAAACGUUAUGACAUUUCCGAGUUUUCUCACGCCUGUUGGAAGGAUGUUUUUGAGAAAAUUCCAGGGGCUGCUGUCUACAUCGAUCACGCAGCUGCUGAGUGUUUGCAUUGGUUCAAAGGAGAUAGAGCUUACUUGCAAUUAAUCGAAGCCGGAGCACAUUCCGUGCACGAGAUCGCAAUUUUUACUUUUCAGUACGUCAAAGUCCAGAACACCAAGAAAGCGGUGAUUAUUAUUACAUCAUCGGACCCAGCAUUCUACGAACGAACGCUUCACACAAUCAUUGAAAAAAAUACAUUCGAAAACUGUGUAAUAGUUUGUGCAGUUCAUAGCACAGUUUUUAAUUGUGAUGGAGAAGAACAUUACGAGAAUUUGAGGGAAAAAGUCUUGGAAUGGAUGAAGGAGAGUAUCCCAUUUGCUGAAAUCUCAGUAGAGAUUUUAUUCAGACCAAUCGUCACAGCCCCAAUAAGUAAAAACGUCUUCGUAACUCCACCCAUGGAGAGGCUGAUGCCCCCAAUGGAUAGAAAAAGAACAGAGGAACAUGAGUCCAGUGUCAACUAUUUCGUGAGCUCAAUCCAUAGCAUUUUCACACACUUUGACCUCAAAGAGGACAUUUACGCUAUGGGGGAGUUCAGUGAAUACGUUGCUGGGAAGUUGCUUGCUUUGCCUGCAGCCGUUGCCAGAAGAAAAAUACUGAUUGGACAGGCUGGUGUGAGUCUAAUUCUCAUUGACAGAACUUUAGAUCUAUGUACAGCCACUAAAAAUACAACGGAUUCCGUUCUGUCGAGAAUAUUAUGCACUCUUCCUCACCUCACGCAUCACAAUAAUGAUGUUGCUGUGAACAUGGCUCCAUUGUGCCCAAGUUCAGAGGAGAGCCCUCAAUCAAUGGCCGUAUCAGGCUGUCUAGCAACUUCAGAUAACCACCAGUUCAACCUCCUGAUAUCCAAAACACUGAAGGACGUGCUGUUAACUCUCAACAAGUGGCUAAUCGAGAUGCUCUCCAAGGAACUGCAGAGCCCCAAGGCCAAAAUGUCGACACGAGUUAGUGCUCAUAGUCUCGAAAAAUUAAUCCACAAAAUUCGGGACAAUGAGAGUCCAAAACUUCUAGCUAAUUACAGCAAGAAACUUCAGAUUAUUCUGGCUGUUGUACAGUCAUUGAAGUCUGAAAAAACUUCCCAAUUGGAUCUUCUCAUCAGUUUGGAAAAACUAAUUCUUCAGAAUUUGGCUGUUAGUCGCGAAUCUACAAGUGUUUUAUCGCAGAUAAGCAAUAUAAUCAAAAAUCGAAUAUCCAAAGGACUAGAUAUGGAAAAUCUUCUGGUCCUCCUUAUCCAUAUCUACGCAAUGGCAGGAAUGGAAAUUCAUUUUUCACCUCAAGAAGAGGAUCAGCUGCGGGCAGCCUUGGCAGAGGCUAUUUUUGAGGACAUACAGAAAUGCAGCGAGAUGGGAAUCACCCAUGAAGUGUCAGUCUACCACCAGACGCUUCUCCUCCUGGGAGUAACUGAUGAAGCUGCAGCGAGGGAAUUCUCGAGGAAGAUAACCGAACAAAUAUUGGAUAUGCUAUAUUUGAUAGCCUCUCAAAGACGAGACCUGCAGGAUUAUGGGUCCAUCAUUGUGAAACCGAGCCCCCAGGAAAUGGCACAGUGUGUGGGAGUUGUCGAGAAACUUUUAAGGGAUAUCAUUCACCCAUCAAAGCCAGUGAUUGCAGAUUUGAAAAUGAAAACUUCGUCGUUUAUUUCUGCUGGAUUCAAUUUAUUGACAAAAGGACGAGUUCAGCAUCACCCAGCGGACAAUCCCUGGAUAAUUCUUUACGUGUUGGGGGGAGUGACAGCAGAAGAAGCGAGAAUAGUCGAACAAUUGUCAUCACAAAAUGACAUCAAUGUUCCUCGAAUAACUCUCGCUGGUUGUAGAUUGCUAACGCCAAUGGACAUCGCUGACAAAAUAUUGUUAUCAAAUCUUAAUAUUUAAAUAAAUGCUACAUGGAAAUUUCUUUCAAAGCCACUGAA